AAGAGAAUUGGAAGAAUAUACAAAUAUUGAAAAAUAUCAACUGGACUGUUAUAUAAGCUUACAAAAUGCAAGCCACAGUAACCAGUCAGCAGCAGCCAAUCACCAUUGUGGUAACGAAUCCGCGGGAAAAUGCGAGGGCCGAGCGACGCUAUAUGCGUUGGGUUAACCAGAAUCAAACGAAAUCCACAGCGGCAGUCUCACUGCUGUUUGUCUAUGGAGGCAUGGAAUUGGCCCUCGGCUUGGGCUGGAAUUUAUAUACAGACAUUCCCAGUACUUGGCAGUUCCAGUACAGUUGGUUCAUUGGAGUGCUGGCUGGUGCGUUUUUGUCAUCGCUACUGGUGACGUGCAUACCCAAGAGAAUGUUCUAUGUCCUAGGCUCCUUACUAUCACUAGUCGAUGCCAUCAUCUUUGUAAGCGCACCCUACGAAUAUCCCGCUAUAUUGGCAGCCCGCUAUAUAGGCGGUGUUGGAAUUGGUAUCAUCACAGUACCCUUCAUCAUACAUAGCAGCGAGAUUGCGGCCCGGGAUUAUCGUGGAAUUUGCAGCUCUGUGGAGCAGUAUAAUCUCUCAGUGGGCAUCAUGAUUCAAAUGAUUUACGCAUCCCGAUGGAGUACUGAUAUGGACUUCCCUGCAAAUCAGGUGCACGGCAUUUUGGGCAUUAUAUUUUCCGUGCUGGCUCUGGGCUCCAUUUUCACUGCGGUCGAGUCGCCAAUUUUCUAUUUGCGACAAAAUCAGGAGGAGAAAGCCCGCUACUGUCAGCAGCAACUCGUGCGCGACUUCUCGAGCACCAGUGCAAGUGAAAGUGCCCUGACCGAGGCCAAGCUGUACGUCCAGGAUGGAAAUAGCAAGAGCUAUAGCUCCGCUUUAAUGCCCUUCCUGAAGCUGCUCUUCUAUCGCUGCUUUGUAGCCUUCACCUUCUCAGUGCCUCUAUCGUGGACCAUACAAUGGAGUAGUUACAUCGCCGAAGGCUCUUUAAUCAGCUGGCCUGCCAGCAUUUGUGGAGUGUUGCGCAUGUUUGGCUCCCUGCUGGCCAUGCUCUUCCUGGACAAACUGGGCCGCAAGUUUAUCGCAAUGUUGAGCCUGCUCGUAAUGGCCGGCCUCAUGCUGACCAUUGCCGGAAUAUUUGCCACUCCUGAGUAUGCACUUAACUGGUAUCAAAUGGAUGCCGUGGUCGGGCUCUGUUUGAGCUUCCAGUUCUUCGCCGGCCUCUUCACGCCAAGUAGCACAACUUAUCUGGGCGAGGCCUUUCCCAUGCGGACGAAGCCCUACUUCAUCGCUUUUAUUGUGGCCGUUGAGCAGGCUAUACACAUUGUUGUUAUUGUUAGCUUUGAAUCCACCGCGGAAUCAAUAUAUGCAUACUUUCUGGCCGUAGGUAUUAUACUGGUAAUCGGCUUGAUCGGCUUUGCGGUUAUAAUGCCAGAGACACGCCACACAACCCUGAGGGAAGCGGGUGUUCGCUUUGGCAAUGUGCAUAAUAUUAUGUCCUAUUAAAGUUUUUCAAAACAAACCACAUA